UCAGUAUGACAUUGACAUUUAUAACUGUAGAGUGGCGAUUUUGUGUUGCAUUGUUGUUGGUUGUCCUAAUUGUUAUUAAACGAAGUGGUGACUGCUGAAUGUCCUCGAAAAGUUACGAAUUUCUAAAUUGAUUACAUUAUUAUAUAUGCAGUCGUAGCAGUCAAAAUUAGGACACUUAACUUUCUGGCAGAUAAUAUAAUACGUUUGUAAUGAUCCUAAGACUUAGACUGCCUAACUUAUUUAACAAAACUAACGGGACUUCUAGUACCAACUGCUUGACACGACAUACAAUCAAUCGACAUGUAUCAAGGUAACAAUGAUGACCGUAAAGAGGAUCAACCUCUAUACUCUAGACUGUUUGUGGUAUGUAGUAGACUGACAAAAGAACAAGACUUGCGGAAAGCCUUUGAGGAGUAUGGAACCAUAGAAGAUUUGUUUAUGCCUCGGAAUCGUACCACUGGGGAGUCUAAAGGUGUUGCUUACAUCAAGUACUCCAAAACUUCAUCUGCCGCUGCAGCUAUUAAAAACCUUCACAUGAAAGCCAUGUAUCAUGGGAAAACUAUCAAAGUGAUGGUAGCAGCUAACAAAUACGACACGCAGCCCACAGAUCAAUAUGGAGAUAAAUACAACAGACUUUUUAUAAAAAUACCAAAGGAAGCUCAAGAAGAUGAUAUAUCUGAGUAUUUCUCAAAGUUUGGUAAUGUUGAAUCAGUUUUUAAAUUGAAAGACAAAAAAAGUGGUGAGUAUAAAGGAUUUGCCUACGUUAAGUUUGCAGAAUUUUAUGAAGCUGCAAAAGCCUUUGAAGAAUGUGACAAGAAUUACAAGCCUAUUUUUGCCACACCCAAAGGAUUAAAAAGAACAUUGGACAAUGAGAGUUCAUGUUCUAGCCCAAGAAUGAACAACUUUGAAUAUUAUAGACACACUCAAAACUAUGAAUCUCCAAGAAGUGAUAUUAGUUCCCUAUUGAAAUCAGACCGGGCAGACUUUAGGGAUGUUUUAGUUACAUGCACUCCUAUAUUAUCGGAAAAAUAUAUUUACCAGUUGAUGAAUAUUAUUCCUGGAAUGGUGAAAUGUGAAAACUUCACAAUGGACAAGGCCAAUGGCAUAUGUAGAGCCCAAAUUACAUAUGAGGAUACAAGGUCAGCUGCUUAUGCCGUAGAAAAACUAAAUAGAUAUGAAUUUCCAUCAGGAGAAAUAAUUUCAGUGAGACCUGACACAAGUCCACUAACCAAAGCUGCUACUGACCUAUCGGAAAUUGUGAAAAACUUUAAAAAGUCAAGAGAUUCCGGGGCAGAAUUGUUAGAAUUAGCAAAUGCUAUUGAGAAAGCAUCGUCCUUGAUUAAAGCUGCAGCAAAAGGACAGGUGGAGCCUCAUGCCGAAGCUAAGCCAAGCUAUUCUAGUGUUCCCCUGCCCCUCAUUCAGCCUAAAGCCAAUAGCUCAAGGGUUGUUCAGAGAUUAUUUAUUGUGUGUAAGCCAAGACCUAUUCCUUUAGAGAUAUUGCAAGAUGCCUUUAUUCGUUUUGGAGAUUUUAUUAGUGUAAAUAUGAUACCAAAUAAAACAUUUGGCUUUGUUAAAUAUGCUUCAAACACAGCUGCACGAGAGGCAAUGAGUGUGCUGCAUGGAGCUACAUUAAAUGGCAUGAGAUUGAGUGUAAUGGAAGCAGACGAAAGGCCAAACACUGAAGAAAAAUUGGAUAUUGAACAAGUUGACUACAGAGACACUGACACAAAGAGAAUGAAAUUUGAGUGAAUGUGACACCAAUGGUUUUUAUUGGUUAACCGACUUUUUACAUUGUACAAUUUAUGGUGCUGACGAAUCUGUUGAAAAAAUCAUUUUUUAUUUAGAACUUUUAUACUCACGGUAGACACUAACAAAAAUUUUUUCU